CUUUGAUCCACACAGUAAUCAUGGCGCCCUCAUACGACAACCUACCCAUCGAAGAUGACGAAUUCGACGAAGACGAGGUCGAUUUCUCGGAUCUCCAAGAACAAUAUGAAGUCCGUCUAGAGGAGGGUCUCGACGCCUUUGUGGUGGUCGAUGGCCUGCCUAAAGUCCCGGACGAGAACAAGCCCAAAUUGACGAAAUUUUUGCUUCGAAAGCUGAAUACCGUUGGUAAGGUGAAGGAAGAUGGCGUGUUCAUGCCUUUGGACGACAAUGGGACGACUGAAGGAUACGCUUUUGUCGAGUACAGCGCCCCCGGCGAGGCUGUAGCCGCUGUCAAAGCCCUCCAUGGAACUGCCCUCGACAAGAGACAUACCAUGGCCGUCAACAAGCUCACCGACAUCGACCGCUAUGGCCGCGAGGGCAAGAUCAGCGAGGAUUACCACCCCCCCACAAUCGAGCCCUUCCAAGAAAAGGAACAUCUCAGGUCCUGGCUUGGAGAUUUGGAAGCGCGAGACCAGAUGGUCAUGUACCGAGGCGACAAGGUCGGCGUGUUCUGGAAUGAUAAGGAAGAUCCACCAGAGCAGGUCGUGGACAGGGACAACUGGACCGAGUUCUUUGUGCAGUGGUCGCCGUUGGGGACGUUCCUGACCUCGAUACACGCACAGGGUGUGCAACUGUGGGGUGGCAAGGCGUGGAGUAGGCAAAAGCGGUUUGCUCAUCCUGGAGUAAACCUCGUUGAUUUCUCUCCGAAUGAGAAAUACCUCACCACCUGGUCGCAUAGGCCGCUUCAGGUGGAUGAGAACAACCCGGUGCCAUCGCUGUCGGCGGAUGAUGAUGGCAAGAACUACAUCAUCUGGGAUAUUGCUACUGGAAAGCCGCUGCGGUCGUUCGCCACAAUCGAUGUCCCCAGCUCGACAGAUGCAGAGGGCAACCCGGUCAAGAAGAAGAUGCAAUGGCCGACGUUCAAGUGGUCUUCGGACGACAACUACGUCGCCCGGAUGACCCAAGGCCAAUCUAUCUCCGUUUACGAACUGCCACGAAUGAACCUCCUCGACAAACAGUCAAUCAAAGUCGAGGGCGUCAUGGACUUCGAAUGGGCGCCAGCAACACCUCGUCGCGAUGGCAUCAAGACAUACGAACAGCUCUUCUGCUACUGGACACCCGAACUUGGCAGCAACCCCGCAAAGGUCGGCCUCAUGACCAUCCCCUCCAAGGAAAUCGUGCGAACCCGAAACCUCUUCAACGUCUCGGACGCAAAGCUGCACUGGCAAUCUGAAGCCGCCUACGUCUGCGUCAAGGUAGACCGCCACUCCAAGUCCAAGAAGUCGCUCGCCACGAACCUCGAGAUCUUUCGCGUGCGCGAAAAGGGCGUGCCCGUCGAAGUUGUCGACUCGAUCAAAGACACCGUCAUCAACUUCGCCUGGGAGCCCAAGGGCAACCGCUUCGUGCUCAUCACCGCCGGCGAAAUCCCCGCCGGCGCGGCCGUGCCGCCCAAGACCGCCGUGUCCUUCUUCGCGCCAGAAAAAGCCAAGGGCGGCGUCAUCGGCAACUUCAAGCACGUCCGCACCGUCGACAAGAAGAAUAGCAACGCCAUCUACUGGUCGCCCAAGGGCCGCUUCGUCGUGGUCGCCGCGCUCCAGUCACAGCAGAGCUUCGAUCUCGACUUCUGGGACCUCAACUUCGAGAAGCCCAAGGACGAGAAGGAGCCGUCGGAGAAGGAUGUCUCCGCUAAUCUGCAACUCAUGGCGACAGCAGAGCACUACGGCGUCACGGAUAUCGAGUGGGACCCGACAGGUAGAUAUGUGGCUACGGUCGCCAGCGCUUUCAGGCAUCAUAUGGAAAACGGCUACCACAUCUACGACUUCAAAGGCACGCUGCUGCGCGAAGAGUCCAUCGACCGCUUCAAGCAGCUCAUCUGGCGGCCGCGCCCGCAGACCCUCCUCUCGAAAGAAGAGCAGGCCGAGAUCCGCAAGAACCUGCGCACCUACUCCAAGAUCUUCGACGACCAGGACCUGUCGAAGAAGAACACGGCGAACCGGCAGGUGGUUGAGCAGCGGCGCCGGCUGCUCGAGGAGUGGAAGGCGUGGCGCGAGCAGAUGCAGGAGAUGCUCGAGGAGGAGGGCAUCGUGGACGCGAAGCUGGAGAUUGCCAAGCAGAAGGACGGCGAGGGCGACAUUGAGGAGAUUGAGGAGAUUGUCGAGGAUGUCGUCGAGGAGACGGAGGAGGUGGUGCAGUAGUAGUGUGUGUGUGUGUGUGUGUGGAUUGCGGGGCGGAAUUCUGGCUCGUGCGAGCGUUUGGUAGUUUGUGAGCAACUGAGUUGCACUGUUGCUAGCAAAACGGAAGUGCGUGUAGCCAAUGAUUGGA